AAAUCUGACGAAGAGGAGUGACAUUCAUGAAGAGAAGGAUGGGAGAUCGAAAGAAAGACGGAGGAAAUGCGAAGAAAUCGAAGAAGACGGAGUCGAAUUGGCCACUCAUUAAGCCUAAAUCUAAUCUCCGUGUUACUCGCCUAAAAGAUUACGAUCUAUUUACUGUGCAGAAUUUCUUAACAGCUGCUGAAUCAAAAGCAUUUGUAAAAACAGCAGAAGCAAUUGGGUUUGUCCACCAAGGAAGUCUUGGACCAACAAAAGGUGAAGCUUACAGAGACAAUGAUCGUAUUGCUGUAAAUGAUCCUGUUCUUGCUGAUACACUAUGGGAAUCUGGUCUUAGCAAACACUUUUCUGAUAUUACUAUCCGGGGAAAAGCUGCUGUUGGAUUAAACCCAAAUAUUAGACUUUACAGGUACAAGAGUGGUCAACGUUUUGGUCGACAUAUUGAUGAAAGUGUUGAUCUUGGAGAAGGAAAACGCACUCAUUAUACUUUGCUGAUAUAUCUCAGUGGUGAUAUUGAGUCCAAACUUAAAUCUGAUGUGAACAAUUCACAAUCACAAUCACAUGAAGUCUCUGAACCUCUAGUUGGUGGUGAAACUGUGUUUUAUGGUCCAAGAAAUAGCCUUGUAGCAGAGGUAAGUCCCACUGAAGGAAUGGCACUGUUUCAUAUCCAUGGAGCCAGGUGUAUGUUGCAUGAAGCAAGAAAUGUUACAAAAGGAGUGAAGUAUGUUUUGAGAUCUGAUGUUGUUUUUGCAUGAUGACUUAUUACUUAAAAACACUUUGGAGAAGCAUGUGUGAUAAUUGAUAGUUUGUAUAACAUGAUUGUUGAUAAUUGAUAUGAAUAUUGUCAUUUUCUGCAA